AUGAGUAUUAUAAUAAGAAAGUACCUGAAUGUCUUGAAGAUAACCGUCAAAAGGGCGUAGACAUAGACGCUUGCUCGAUUAGUGUAAAGUUAAGGGUUGGACCGGGUAAAGGCUAUCCAGAAUUGGUUGCAACUAGAGUUGGUGGUGCAGAGUACUUGGCGACGCCAAUGGCGCACCAAAUUGGUUACCAGUUGGCACGUCAACACAGGUAUGGUGCAGAGAUAACUUUUGAAGGAUAG